AUGAUAAUUUCCCGUCAGAUACAAACUCUCUUCCAACGGUCAAAAACAGCCAUUGAAAUCCUCCACCUCCAUUCCUUGCUCCUCAAAACCUCCCUCGACCACCACGAAUACUUCUUCUCUCAACUCAUACUUUCUGCCGCUUCAAUCUCGCUCCAUGAUGCGCGAAAAAUCUUUGAUUAUUCACCCAUUUAUCCGCCUCCGCUCUUUGCGUGGAAUACAAUUAUCAAAGAAUACUCCAACAACUCGUCAACCCCAAUUGAGUCCAUCAAACUCUUUGUAAAAUUACUUCGAACAGUUGGUGGGUUCAAACCCGACAAGUUUACCUAUCCAUUUGUGAUCAAGGCUUGUGGGCGUUGUUCCAUGCUUGAGGUUGGUGGAUCCGUGCAUUCUAUGGCUUUGAAGGCGGGUUUUAAUUUGGAUCCACAUGUGAAUAAUACGCUAUUGAGAGUCUAUGGUGCGUGUGGCGUAAUUGAUUUUGCACGAAGAGUGUUUGAUGAAAUGGCUGACAGAGAUGUAGUGUCUUGGAGCUCCAUGAUUGCCGGUUAUGUUGAUUGUGAACAUCCUUUGGGUGCUUUAAUGGUGUUUCGAGAGAUGAAGAUGGUAAAUGAAAAGCCAAACUUGGUUACUUUGGAGAAAGUUACACGAAACAGCACCAUAUUCUAUCCAAAUCGCUAUAUAUUAAAUGGUCGAUCCAGAGUAUCAGACGGCAGAGCUGCAGCCACUGGCAAAAUCCAUGCUCCACGAGAUCUUUGGCAUACUGUCAAUGCUAAGAAUAUCAGGAACUCGAGUUACUUAGCAGAUUUUGUGGAACUACACAAACAAGUACAUAAUUCGAACCAUAAUCACAUUGAAGUGGUGAACACUUUAGAGUUUGAAGCUAGCUAG